AUGAAUGGGGAUUGGAAAGACACAGCUGAUGAGGUUUCUGAAGCCUUUUUAGACUAUUAUAGAAUGCUCUUAGGUAGCACUCAUGACCAUAGAGCUCCUGUUCUUAAACAAAUAGUUCAGCAAGGUUCUGUGUGUCAGGAUCAUCACAAAAAUAUACUAAAUGCCCCAUAUACUGCUGAUGAGGUGAAGAAUGCUCUUUUCUCUAUUCCAGGAGUCAAAGCUCCUGGUCCAGAUGGUUUCGGGUCUUAUUUUUAUAAAGAUGCUCGGCAUAUUGUUGGAGAUGAGGUAAUUGCAGCUAUCCUUGACAUGCUACAGAAUGGGAAGCUAUUGAAGGAAGUGAACCACACUGUCAUCACUCUCAUUCCAAAGACUAAGUGUCCAAAGGAUGUGAGUGAAUUCAGACCCAUUUCCUGUUGUAACACCAUUUAUAAAUGCAUUACAAAAGUUCUUUGUGGGAGAUUAAGACAAGUGUUACCCGAUCUGAUUAUGGAGAAUCAAGGUGGUUUUGUUCAUGGAAGGUUCAUUGUUCAUAAUAUUAUGGUUGUUCAAGAUUUAGUGAAGCAUUAUGGAAGGAAGGGGGUUAAACCUAGCUGCCUAAUGAAGAUUGAUCUUCAGAAGGCAUAUGACACAGUUGAUUGGCAGUUUUUGGAAGAAAUGCUCACUUAUUUGGAUUUCCCUUGUUCUUUUGUGAAAAUAGUGAUGCAGUGUGUUACUACUCCCAUGUUCUCUUAUGUUGAAUGGAAUAAGGGUGAUUAUCAGUCCAUUCUUCUUCUGUUGCAGGUUUUCAAGCUCUUCUCUAAUUCAGCUGGUUUAAAGGCAAAUCAGCAGAAGUCUUCUGUGUACUGUCAUGGUAUGCCAGAGAUUGAAGUCCAAAGGGUGGUUGAUGUUUCUGGUUUCUCCAGAAGUUCUUUGCCUUUUAAGUACCUGGGUGUGCCCAUAUGUUCUAAACAGAUUACUGUGGCUCAACGUGGGCAUUUAGUGGAUAAAAUGAUCACCAGGAUUAAGAUUUGGAGCUCAAGAAACCUCUCUUACACUGCCAGAAUACAGCUAAUCAAUUAUAUCAAAUGGGUUACUUUAGUCUAUCUCAAAGAUGGGGAAUGGUGGGAUUACCAACCUAGCUCUUCUGCUAGUUGGUAUUGGAGGCAAAUUUGUGACACUAAGGAGAAAUUCAAGCAGUGUUUUACUCUGGCAGAACUGGAGGGCAUGGCUCAUUAUUCAGUGAAGCAAGUCUAUGAGAAACUUUUGGGUGUGAAACCUAGAGUGCCUUGGGAUAGAUUGGUUUGGAACAGAUUGAUCACCCCUAAGCACAGAUUUAUCUGUUGGCUUGCUGUUCAGUGCAGGCUUCAGACCACAGCUAAACUGGCUAGAAUUGGCAUUAGUCAAUCUGCUCUAUGCUUGAUUUGUGGGUUACAGGAUGAAAAUCACAAUCAUCUCUUCUUUCAGUGUCCAUUUAGUUGCCAAAUUAUUCAGGCCGUGCAAAAUUGGUUGGGUGUCCCCAUGAAGGGUAAUCUGCAUCAAGUAGGAAUGCAAGCUUCUGGGACAACAAAAUUCCCACUAUUAGUCACACUGUGGGCAGUUUGA